UACAAAUCUACACAACCCUUGAAGGUUUUCUCAGUCCUCUCCCUCUCCCUGGAGUCCCGCUCUCCGCCGCCGAUUAAAGAUCACAAAGGCCGGAAACCCUAGAAAUCGCCUGAAGCUCACAGGGAAGAGAAAAAAUGGCGUGCACCGUAGAUUUCAGGAAUCUCGACGAGGGUUUCGGCGGCAAAACCUACAAGCGAAAGCGCGAAUGCCAGGAAUCUUCCAUCGCCGCCGCUGAGACAGCUACCAAUGUCGGCGCAUCUAUGGACAUCGAUGACGGUGCUGGACCCGCGAUGCCUCCCUCCAAGCGGAGCGCUGUCGCUUCCUCCGAAGAUCCGGACAAGCCAAUGCCGGUCGGAAGACCGACAUACGACGGCGUGAUCGCCGGAAAAGUUUCUGGGAGGAAGUGGAAGCAGCUGCGAACGCACCGUUCGUCGGCGGUUCAGGUGAGGAGCAAGGGGCCGAGCCUGGAGGAGCGGCAGAGGCAGAAGGAGAUUAAGAGAGCGUACAAGGAGAGGAUGAACGAGCUAAAGGAAGAGAUCAGGAGGAACAAGAUGGAGAAGAGGAAGAUAAGGGAGGAGAGGGAGAAGAGGAAGAAGGAGAACAUCCUGAGAUCGGGGACCAAGUUGCAGAAGAUCACAAACCCUAACACAUUGAAGAAAAUCGCCAAGUCUAAGCAGAAGAAGCUUCUCAAGGUUGUUUCCUGACGAGCUUCUCGGCGGCAACAAGAAGAGCAACAAGAGUCAGUGUUUUCCCUGCUAUCUCGAGGCAAGUUCUGGUUAUUUCCAUUUCCUUUUCGAAGAUUAUAUAUACUCUUGGCAAGAUGAAUACCAUAGUCUUUGUUUUCUCUGCAUGUUUGAGUAGUAGCUUACAAGUGGAAAGAAAUCUCAACAUUGUAGAAAUUAUUAGUUUUGACUUGAGACCCACUU